CAACAUUAGGUGGGAGGAGCGAGCAGCACCGGGACGCGCCACGACGCAGCGGCACCAGCAGCAGACCCGUCAAAACCUCCAGGUCCACCUCACAGCAACCAUACCUCUGGUACACCUGUAGUGUUACUUCCAGGAGAGCGCUGUCUGGAUUUUAAAAAAAAAACAACACAAGUAAAGCAGUCAAAUAUGAUCGAAGGUGCUUGGAGCCAGCGCGUCUGGAUGGCAUAGACGCAGACGCUUCAGGACAAAGAGGCUCGUCUUCCGUCAAAUUGCGAUGCAUCUCAUCGGAGUGGUCUUAAUUCUGGUCGUGACGGGCACGGUGAAAGGUUGGGAAUGCAGCGCUGGGUGCAGCACAGAAAAUGGGUUUUGUGAGAAGCCAGGGAAGUGCAGGUGCAAACCCGGGUGGGAAGGGGAGAACUGUGACCGCUGCAUCCCGUUUCCGGGCUGUUUGCACGGCACAUGCGAGAAAGCGUGGCAGUGCAUCUGCAACGAGGGCUGGGCGGGCAGUCUGUGUGACCAAGAUAUUCGCCUGUGCUCAUCCAAGCCUUGUCCCAGUAACGCCACCUGCGUAGAGAAAGGAGAGGGAGGAUACCGGUGUGUGUGUCCCCAGGGCUACGCUGGAGAAAACUGCCAAGUGAAGCAGGGACUUUGCCUUCUGAAUGAGUCGCCUUGUCACAACGGGGCCACUUGUUUAGCGGCGGUCGACCCUUACUGUCUGUGUCCCCCUGGAUUUUCCGGCGCCUUCUGCGACAUCAGCGUCGGCAGCUGCCGGCCGAACCCCUGCCUGAACGGCGGCAACUGCACGGACCACGGCCUGGCCUUCACGUGCGCCUGUCCGCCCGGCUUCUCCGGUUUCACCUGCAACGACACCCGCGGCCUGUCGCCAUGCGCGGGCGGGCCCUGCGCCAACGGGGGGACGUGCGUCGGUCAGCCUGACGGGAGCUUCCGCUGCGCGUGCCAGAGAGGCUUCACGGGUCCCACCUGCUCCCUCCAUCACAGACAGAGGUCCAGAACCAAGCCGGCAAGCCCCAGACCAGCGGAGCACAGGGGGUUUGCCCUCGCCCCGCAGCACUACUCCCUUCCUGCCCACGCCUUUCACAAGCUGCUCCGACCGCCGGAGAGAGACCUGCUCAAGAUUACCCUGAAGGAGUCCGUCCACUCCUCUGGCGUCCUCGUCACCCACGGCCAGCUCAUCUGCUUCGGCAUGUUGGCCUUGCUCACGUGUCUGGUUAUCCUGGGCACCACGGGGAUAGUCUUCUUUGGCCGCUGCGAGACGUGGCUGGCCAACGCCAGGUACAGCCAGCUUGUGCGGCAGCAGCGGGAGCACCUGCUGAGAGAGUCUGGCAGCGUGAGCCAGGAAGAGCCGGAGCACUCUGUAAACAUCAUCCUGCCAGAAAAGAUUAGACUCUCCAGCUUCGGGAGGCACUACACCUCCAUCUGAUUAAAACGUCUCCUCCUGUUACCUGCCCCCCCCCCCCCGCGGAGGGAGGCCAAAUGAAUGUGUCGGUGUGACCCAGAAUGAAGCGCAGCUCUUCAACGCAUAGGGACCGGGCCCAAUGUGCUCUGCUCUGGACCGGUCAUGCAUUUAAAAUCCAUUAAAAAUGUGCAGAAGCUCAAAAGAUGUCAUUGUGUAGCAUAUCUCCAAGCUGCUUUUCCACUACAAAAAAAAAAAAAAAAGUUUUUACGCCUCUAUUAAUGACUCGUUCAGGAUAAAAGGCUCCACUUUUAAUCAAAAAAAAAAAAGGAGGAAUGUAGUUAAGAUAAGAGAACAGUCAUUGCAUUUUUUUUAUCCUUUUUGUUCUUGUAAUUAAACAGAUUUCCUCAAAACUCUCUUUGGCUUUUUAAUCGUGCCCAGAUGCUUAAGGAGCACAAGAGCUGCAGCAACUGCAUUUUACUUCCGACCCGUUUCAUUCGAGAACAAUCUGGCUGUAAACUGGUGGUGUAAGAAAUGUUGUUACCAUGAUGUUUUUAUUUACUAGCUGAGUUUCUACAGUAAGGUGCAGUGGAUGUGUAUUAUGAUUUGUCUGCCCAUACAUUGUGUAAAUAAACAUGAUUGUUUUUUCUCUU